GCGUGUGUGACGUGCUAAUAGCUAAAUAGUUGUGCUUGCAAUUGUACUGCCGAAAUAGACUGAACAUUGAGCAAGUUUUUGUGCAAUAAACAGAAGAACAGCCUUCGUAAGGCGCACGCAAAACAUAUUUUCAAUCUACGGCCAAGCACAAGCCACUGCACCCGCGUCCCCGCCCCUCCGUCGUUGCCGUUAGUCGUUUGUCUGUCGUUUGGCGUUGCAUCCCGUGUGUAAAUGUAACCGAUGGACGACGAAGGCGACCCAAACAGAUGAUAUUCACACUCAAAAGAAAAACAACAACAAAAACUACGAAGAGCAGCAGAAGCAGCAGCAGAAGUAGCAGCAGCAGCAGCAAACAUGUACAUAUCGUAGCCAUAUUAUUCAAUGAAUGUGUGCGCGAGCGUAUAAAAGAAAAUUAGAUAAAAUAAAAAAUAAAAUAAAAUGAAAUUAGCGCACGCCUGAAUUUCGAGUUUGGCGCAAGGUGAACCGAGCCGAACCGAAACCGUUUAAUGUACAUACAUACGUAAAUAUAUAAAUGAACGCAAACAUUUAUAAAAGACGACGAAAACAAUUUUCAAUUUUCUCUUUGUGUGCGUUGUUUGUGCGUGCGAACCUGAAGUGCUGCCACCUGCAAUUGCAACUGCAAUUGCAAUUGCAUUGAUUUAUGCACACACACACACACACAUAGUAAAAAUUCGUUUCGCAGAGAGGAUAUAUGGUAUAUACUAUAUACAGCAGCAGUAUAUAAGUACAAGUGCACUAACACACACACAAACAUAUACUACUACUGGCUGACUGAUAAAAGCCUCACACACACACACACACAGACAAUCACACACACUGACGCACACACGAUUCGCAAAAGAGCUUUUGACGAGAAGAAGUUAAAGAGUGACGUAGAGACGGAGAGAGAGAGAGUGAGAGGGAGAUAGACGCUUGGCUGAUUGCCGAAGGGGCACGCAGGGCCGUCGAAUUGCUGCUGCAGUAGUGGAGGAGGAGGCCAACACAUAUUAUAGAUCGAACAGGCCAAGCAAGUCCAAUGUCCAAUAAAAUCAAUCCAAAACGCCGUGAACCGACAGCAGCAGCAGCCACGGCAGUGGUGGCCACCAAUACGAGCAGCACAACCGGCUCCUCCAGUGCUGGCAACACAUCCUCGCCGAACACAUCGUCCUCGUCCAGCUCUUCACUGUCGUCCGCCGGUGGCGGUGAUGCGGGCAUGUCCGCCGAUCUGACAUCACUCUUCGAAUGCCCCGUUUGCUUUGAUUAUGUGCUGCCACCGAUACUGCAAUGCUCCAGCGGGCAUUUGGUGUGCGUCUCAUGCCGUUCGAAGCUCACAUGCUGCCCAACAUGCCGCGGCCCAUUGGCCAACAUACGCAAUCUGGCCAUGGAGAAGGUGGCCUCCAACGUUAAAUUCCCAUGCAAGCAUUCGGGCUACGGCUGCACUGCCUCACUGCUAUACACAGAGAAGACCGAGCACGAGGAGACCUGCGAAUGCCGGCCAUACCUCUGUCCCUGCCCGGGCGCCUCAUGCAAAUGGCAGGGACCGCUCGAUCUAGUCAUGCAGCAUCUGAUGAUGUCCCACAAGAGUAUCACCACGCUGCAGGGCGAAGAUAUUGUAUUUCUGGCCACCGACAUCAAUCUACCCGGCGCCGUCGAUUGGGUAAUGAUGCAGUCCUGCUUUGGUCAUCACUUCAUGCUCGUCCUGGAGAAACAGGAGAAAUACGACGGUCAUCAACAGUUCUUUGCAAUUGUCCAAUUGAUUGGCUCGCGCAAAGAGGCCGAGAACUUCGUCUAUCGCCUCGAGUUGAAUGGCAAUCGACGCCGCCUUACCUGGGAGGCAAUGCCACGUUCCAUACACGAGGGUGUUGCCUCGGCCAUACACAAUUCGGAUUGUCUGGUGUUCGACACGUCGAUUGCGCAACUGUUUGCCGACAAUGGAAAUCUGGGCAUCAAUGUAACCAUAUCUCUGGUCUAAAGAAGGAAUAAUGCAUCGUUUCUAAAACGAUACUCGAUAUAUAUACAUAUAUAUAUAUAUAUAUAUCUCAUAUAUACAUAUAUAUACAUAUACUACUAAUACAAGUUGUCUAACUGGCACAUUCAACGCUAAACAACAUUUUGUAAGGUAUAUAUGUGUGUAUGUGCGGUAGGUCGGUAGGUCUGUCUGUCUGUCUAUUUGUAUGUCAGUCUCUUGCCGUCUGGCGAUAAUUAGUAGCUCUAGGGAUUUUCAUUUUCGAAACAAAAACACAAAACAAAACAAACAAACAAACACAUUU